AAACAGCUGACUGACCAAAACAAAACAAAAACGCACCGGUGACUGAUUGCACGUUUUGCAAAUAGUAAAUGCUAAAAUUUAUUUAUUUCACCAUAAAUAGUGUGGAAAGUAAAAAACCAAGCUAUUUAAAAUAACUACACAAUAUGGAGGUUGAGUUCAGUAAAGAGAACUUCAUGCUGCCGGAAAUCAAAUACGAAUAUCUAGACCACACAGCGGAUGUGCAAUUGCACGCCUGGGGAUCCACGCUACAAGAGGCUUUCGAGCAAUGCGGCAUGGCUAUGUUUGGCUAUAUGACUGAUCUGGCUUAUGUCACUGUGGGGCAUUGUUUUCAAAUUGAAGCUAAAGGUGACGAUGUCGAAGGCUUAUUAUUUCAUUUUCUCGAUGAGCUGUUGUUCCUCUUCUCCGCUGAACCUUUUCUUAUUUGUAAAAAAUUGGAAAUAACCAAAUUCGAUUUGGAAGAAUUGGAGAUAGAAUGUCGUUGUUAUGGUGAGCCCUUCGAAAUUGGCAAACAUCCACAAGGUACUGAAGUGAAAGCGAUCACCUAUUCGGCAAUGCAAGUGAUACAGGAACCCGAGCGAAAUCAUUUUGAAAUUUUUGUUAUUAUUGAUAUUUGAAGAUAUGGGGAGUUGGAGCUCGAUGGACGCCUUA